GUGACAGGCGCCAUCUUUAAACAUCUAAAAUGGACUGGCGACUUUUUAAUAUUGUUUUCCUCGGUCUCUCAUUCAUGCUGAUAUUCACAGCGUUCCAAACAUGUGGAAUGAUUGAGCAACGUGUAGUUGAUGGAGCAAAGAAGGAACCAAACUCAACAUUCACUGGAGAUGGUUACACAAGUUUAGCAAUAAUUUACCUCACAUUUGCUGGGGCUAACUGGGCAGCGCCAUCUAUAGUUGCAGUAUGUGGACCCAAGAUAUCCAUGGUGAUGGGGGGUGCUGCUUAUCUGUUGUUUAUUGUAUCUUUUCUGAAGCCGAUGACGUGGGCGCUGUAUACUGGGUCUGUUCUCAUAGGUAUCGGAGCAGCAAUUAUUUGGACUGCUCAAGGAUGUUUCUUGACUCUCAACUCUGAUUCUGAAACUAUAGCGAGGAAUAGUGGUAUCUUUUGGGCUCUAAUGCAGUGCAGUUUGCUGUUUGGGAAUCUGUAUGUGUACUUUGCCUUCAAAGGAAAGGAAGAAGUAGAUGCAAAUACAAGGACCACGUUGUUCAUUGUUUUGUCCUCGGCCUGCCUUGUGGGGAUAUUGAUGCUGUUUGUACUUAGAAGACUUCCAUCGAAUGAAACUGACAAUUUAUUAUCAAUAGGUGCCAGCACAAACACAGAUUCAGACUCACCAAGUACAUCAGGCCCACUGUAUGCAUUAAAAAGAUCAUUUGAAUUAUUCAGAACGAAAGAAAUUUUGCUGUUAAGUGUUUGUUACGCAUAUACAGGAUUUGAGUUGACAUUCUUCAGUGGUGUUUAUGGCACUAGCGUAGGACAUACGCAACACUUUGGCAUUGAGGCGAAUAGUAUCAUAGGACUGAUUGGCAUUUUCAUAGGAGUUGGUGAGAUUCUAGGUGGAGCCGCUUUUGGUCUAUUUGGGAAGCGUACAAACAAGUUUGGUCGAGAUCCUAUAGUCCUGUUAGGGUUUAUUGUACACAUGGCAGCAUUCUACCUAAUAUUUAUUAACUUACCAGAAGAUUCACCACUCAAUGAAACAUCUGGUCAUACAUAUAUGACAUCCAAUAAAUACGUAGCUAUCGGCUGUGGCUUCCUGCUGGGACUCGGGGAUAGCAGCUUUAAUACUCAGAUUUAUUCUGUCCUAGGGUUUAUGUUCCCUGAAGAUAGCGCACCAGCGUUUGCUUUAUACAAGUUUGUACAGUCAGUGACUGCAGCAGUUGCUUUCUUCUACAGCACUAAGUUAUUGCUACAAUGGCAGCUUUUAAUCCUAGUUGUGAUGAACGUACUAGGCACAAUGUGUUUCUUCCUCGUGGAAUGGGGCAGUGCAAGGGUCUCUCAUGAAGGCUAUUCUAAGAUAGAAUGACAUUCUGGUGAGGAAGACAGCACCAUGUAAAACAUUCCUGUUGCCAUGACUAUCACUGUGAUUACUAUGGAGAUGAUGUCAACAAUUACAUAACUGGAUUGUGCAGCUGUGAUUCCUCAGGUUAAUAAAUAGAUGCAAUAAACAAACAAUGAUGUAAUACAAUUAAAUGCAGUUCAAUGAAAUAUUCUUUUAUUUCCCAAGUGGGUGCAAAUUUUUAUUUUCACAAUUUUGACAAAAUUUGGGUAAAAAUGCACAGAUGCCGGCCAGAUCAUUUUAUAGUAACAUAAUGAUCUGGCAUGAAUCUAUGUCAAAAUGUAACAUCACAAUCUUGUGCUAUUUUGCUCAUGUGGGCUGUUUCUAUUGCCCACAUUUUGAAUGGAGGGAGUGCCAGCAUAUUUUCAAAAUCUCCAGACAGUGCAGGACCAGCACCCACUUGUUUCAAUGUUGGGGAUGAAGAGAUACAUAUUUGGGAUAUUAUAAAUGAGAAAGUUGCUCAAAAAUGUUGUCUGAUGUCAUAAAAAGUCUCCAUAUAGGAUUCUUGCAAUGAGAAAUAUUAGACAAAAGAUUGAGGUCUCUUUUAAUCAGAGGAAUUUAACAUUGCCCUAAAAGUUUAAAAAAAUUCAGGGAAAUAACGGAAAUAAAACCUCUGAUUUAGGGGACAGUUUCGCUGUCAUAACUCUGAUUUAUGAGACAUUUCGCUGUCAUCCUAAGUGCUAUAUAUUAUUGGUGAUUGAUUGUGACAAAUGACUGACGACUGACGUAAUGUAACUAUGAUAGUUAAAAAUGAGUGGCAAUUCAUAUAAAUUGUAUAGGAAAGAAUAUUGUACAGGGCGUUCAUAAAGUUCUUGCAAAAAUACUCUAAAAUUUUUGUUUCUCUGUCAAUUUGGCUGAAAUUUUCACUCAGUAUACCUACACUAUUCAUACAUUGAGACUCUUGUAUGGAUACCAUAAGUUCCCCUAAGGUUGAAUGACGAAUUCCGCGAAGAUCAUUCUUUAUUCUGCCAAAAACCCCAAAGUCAAGGGGUGCCUUGUCUGGGGAGUAGGGAGCUUGAUCACGAAGUAUGGGAUAAAUCUAAUUUUCACUUUUUCUAAAUACAUUCUGGUAUAUUAUCAUCAACUGUGCAGAAGUUAUGUCACUCAAAAUCAUACAGUAUCGCAUUUCUAACAUGAACGACCGAGUCUACAAGCAUUUUGUUAAUUCAAAUAUUUUGAUUUUGAUUUUUCGUACAGUAUGUGGUAUCUGCAUGGUUUAUUUACAUGUUGUAAGAUGUUUUAAAAUAUGCCAUUCCAGUUUGUGUACUGUGUUUCUACAGUUGGUGUGUUUCUAUUAUUCUCCAAAACAAUGGCUCCAAAUUUAUUGGGAGCUCUUCACACACGUUUGUCUGGUGUUCUUGGGAUGUAUUUUCUGAUACAGAAAAUACAUAAACUAUUUCUAUUUCUUAUCAUUAUUUUAUUUCAAUACAAGAAGAAAAGAGGGCAGUGCAAUAUUUAAUUUUUAUUUCAUGUUUAUCUGCAACAAUGUAAUGUUAUAAUGAAGUUUUAUUCAUAUUACUAAGAAAAAUUAUAUGUAGAAAAUUCUGGUAAAAGUGGUAUGUGAAGAUAUUUCCUUUUUUCAAAAUUCUUUUUUUUAUAAUUUUUAGAAUUUGAUAUUUUUGAUAAAUUGUAAAAAAAUAUUGUCACAUUGCAACUUAAUGCUGUAUGAAACAUACAAAAAACGUUUUGCUAAAAUCAAAUAGCAUCUUGUAUAAGUGAAAAUAGAUGGUGAAUAAUUUAUUUUAUUUUUUU